UGAAUCUGGCUCGCCCCUCCGUAUUAUGUCUGCACUCCGAAGGAAAUUUGGGGACGAUUACCAGGUAGUGACCACCUCGUCCAGCGGGUCGGGCUUGCAGCCCCAGGGGCCGGGCCAGGGCCCGCAGCAGCAGCUUGUACCCAAGAAGAAGCGGCAGCGGUUCGUGGACAAGAACGGCCGGUGCAAUGUGCAGCACGGCAACCUGGGCAGCGAGACGAGCCGCUACCUCUCGGACCUCUUCACCACCCUGGUGGACCUCAAGUGGCGCUGGAACCUCUUCAUCUUCAUCCUCACCUACACCGUGGCCUGGCUCUUCAUGGCGUCCAUGUGGUGGGUGAUCGCCUACACUCGGGGCGACCUGAACAAAGCCCACGUCGGCAACUACACGCCCUGCGUGGCCAAUGUCUACAACUUCCCCUCCGCCUUCCUCUUCUUCAUCGAGACCGAGGCUACCAUCGGCUAUGGCUACCGCUACAUCACCGACAAGUGCCCCGAGGGCAUCAUCCUCUUCCUCUUCCAGUCCAUUCUGGGCUCCAUCGUGGACGCCUUCCUCAUCGGCUGCAUGUUCAUCAAGAUGUCCCAGCCCAAGAAGCGCGCGGAGACCCUGAUGUUUAGCGAGCACGCGGUGAUCUCCAUGAGGGACGGAAAACUCACGCUCAUGUUCCGGGUGGGCAACCUGCGCAACAGCCACAUGGUCUCCGCGCAGAUCCGCUGUAAGCUGCUCAAAUCUCGGCAGACACCUGAGGGUGAGUUCCUUCCCCUUGACCAACUUGAACUGGAUGUAGGUUUUAGUACAGGGGCAGAUCAACUUUUUCUUGUUUCCCCCCUCACAAUUUGCCACGUGAUCGAUGCCAAAAGCCCCUUUUAUGACCUAUCCCAGCGAAGCAUGCAAAGUGAACAGUUCGAGAUUGUCGUCAUCCUAGAAGGCAUUGUGGAAACAACUGGGAUGACUUGUCAAGCUCGAACAUCUUACACUGAAGAUGAAGUUCUUUGGGGCCAUCGUUUUUUUCCCGUGAUUUCCUUAGAAGAAGGGUUCUUUAAAGUUGAUUACUCCCAGUUUCACGCAACAUUUGAAGUCCCCACGCCACCUUAUAGCGUGAAAGAACAGGAGGAAAUGCUGCUUAUGUCGUCCCCUUUGAUAGCACCAGCCAUUACUAACAGCAAAGAAAGACACAAUUCUGUGGAAUGCUUAGAUGGACUCGACGACAUGACUACAAAGCUUCCGUCUAAGCUGCAGAAAAUUACUGGAAGAGAAGACUUUCCCAAAAAACUCUUGAGGAUGAGUUCUACAACUUCAGAAAAAGCCUACAGCUUGGGAGAUUUGCCCAUGAAACUUCAACGAAUAAGUUCAGUCCCUGGCAACUCAGAAGAAAAACUGGUAUCUAAAACCACCAAGAUGUUGUCUGAUCCCAUGAGCCAGUCAGUGGCUGAUUUGCCACCAAAGCUUCAAAAAAUGGCGGGAGGAGCAGCCAGGAUGGAAGGGAAUCUCCCAGCCAAAUUAAGAAAAAUGAACUCUGAUAGAUUCACAUAACAAAACACCCCCGUAGGCAUUAUUUAUUGUUUGAUUUAGUAAUAGUCCAAUAUUUGGCUGAUGAGGUAAUCCUCGAAGGAAUCUGAAAGGUACAUUUUUCCCCAGUCAUAUAUGCAUAUUUGAGAACCCUUUCUUCCCAAGUAUUGCCACUGUGCAGAAAGCAAAAGUUGUGUAAAGGGAGGACACCAUAAGAAAGUUCUUAUUAACGGGCAUGUAUUAUCACAUCAAGCAUGCAAUAAUGUGCAAAUUUUGCAUUUAGUUUUAUGGCAUGAUUUAUAUAUGGUAUAUUUAUAUUGUAUAUUCUGGAAAAAUAUAUAUAUAUAUUUAAAGAGGUGGUACUCUUCACGACAUUUCUAACAUAUGUAUUAAACCAAACAUGAGUGGAUAGCUUUCAGGGCGAUAAAACUAUAUAUAUGUGUGUGUGUAUAUAUAUCUAUAUAUAUACACGUGUGUGUGUGUGUGUAUAUAUACCUAUACACACACACACACACACACACACACAUACAUACGUACAUAUAUAUCUGAUAAAAUUGUGAUGUUUUGUUCAAAGUUGUAGUUCUUGUGCAUGUUUACUUUAUUAGGCUAGGAAGGCUUCUGGCAUUAAUUAUUAAUACCAAAUAUUUUAGCCUUAAAUUAUUUGUCAUUUUAAAAUCUGAUUUAAUGUUUUCUGCUGUUUAAGGUCCUGGGAGGUUAUCAAUUGUACUUUAUAUGAGGGAGUCACACAAGUCUAUGCUAUUUAUGGCCCUGCAUAAAUAUAACCAUUAUAUUUAACUUAUAAAUUUUAGAGCAUACCAUCAAUAUGCUAAAAAUUUCUUAGGAUUUUUAAAAGUUGCUAGCACUAGGGGAAAAUUGGUUAAUUUGAGAAUUGGUCCUUUUCUGGACUACUUCAAGUCUGGAAAUCUGUUUUGUAUAUUAUCUAACACAAAUAUGAGCUCUGAACAAAUGCUGAAUCAUUGUAAUCAUCAGUAGCCAACUUAUACUGAAUAUAUCAGAAUCUGCUUGAAAUUACAUAAUUAAUGGUCCCUGUUUCAAACUGAGGCAAUUGGUAACAUUUUCACUCCUUUUCUGGAAGUUCUGUCAUUUUAAAAACCAAUAAUUUAUUCUUGAAGAGAUACGACAAUACAAUGAAACAGAUGAUAAAUAUCUAUGCUUAAAAUAUGUAUGUCUAAAUGAGUCUCUUUUUUAAUGCUGUUCUCUUGUUUGUGGCAUUUAUUGUAUCAGGACAGACCUUUUUUCCUCACCUGGGGAACCUAUCCCACCCCAUGCCUGUCACUGGGUUCAGGGAGAAUGUUAUGUAUAUACCUGAGAGAAUUUUUAAUUAGAUGAAUUGAAGAUAUUUUACCCAUAUGGGUUUUUUUGUUUAUUUGUUUGUUUGGUAAACAAUGAUUUUAUUGGUGUCUUGGAUGCCUGGCCUACCAAAGUAAUUUUAACAGUACUAUUUUUCUAACCCCAAGGUCUGAUAUUUAUUACUCAUUAGUGGAAAUAAAAACUAUUGCUCAGAAGAACACCUACAAAAUAAAGAUUUGGAAUGCAGAGAUUUUUA